AUGAGUCUCCCAUUCCUUCCUGGUCUCCCCAUCACAAAGGAGUCAUGGGACCAGCAGCCAUACCAGCAGCAGGUCCAGUGGUAUGCACACCUCAGCAUGACUGUUGUUGAUCCUGCACUUGUUGACAAUGAUGUCAGGCACCAAUGCGAAGAUAGCCAUUGUUGGAAUGGUGAUCACCCCAUUAACAGACCCAGUGAGCCUAACCCAUAUGCGCAACAGUUGUGGCCUAGACACCCUCAAUGCAUGGGGGGCCAGAUAGGCUGGUGGGGUGACCAUCAGACCACACAAGAGCGGAGAGACCAGGACAAGUCAUGUACCAACAAAUACGAUGCAGACGCGGUGAAUGUCUGCGGCAAGAAUGUGCCUGAGCUGGCAAGGAGUGCUAGAAUAAAGUUAUUUUCAGAGAACUUCAUCAAGCCUGCAUUUUGCAAGCAAUGUGGAGUCAUGCACAGCAAGAGGUGGCUGAACGACCAGAGCGUCCAGUGA